AUUUUAUUUAUUAUUGUGCUAUGUAUAAUCAUAUCGUACCAUAUGUUCGCUAUUAAUAUACAAAACCCACAAUGAUCCAUCUCUCUGUCAUCUCUCUUUGGCAGCAAAUAUUUCUCACUGGCCCCUCCUUUGAUCUCUCUGCUUAAACAAAUAUAAUAUAUCUACAAACACAUAUGAAUAUAUGUUGUCUUCCUCUGAUUAAUGGUGUCUGAACCCAUUGAAGAUGAAGAAGAAGCUCAACUUAGAGCCCGUUGAUCCCUCUCCGUCUCAGCCGCUUCUGCCGAUCGAUGAUCAGCAACGCCCAGUCAUGUCGGAAAAUCAUGCCGGAACUCCGGGACAUCAGCAGCCCUUGACUAUAUUCUACAACGGCCAAGUUUGUGUUUUAAACGUCACCGAUCUGCAGGCAAGGACUAUAUUUUACAUUGCAAGAAGAGAAAUGGAGGAAAGAAUGAAAAGCCCAAAUGAGUCGAAGCCACCUUCACCAAACGUGCAAUCUUACGGCCAGCUUUCCAGCCCCAUUAACACCUUAUCGAUGAAGAGAUCACUUCAAAGGUUUUUGCAAAAGCGAAAGAAUCGGCUCAAUUCUAUGCCGCCAUACAACUGAUGACAUCAUUGGCUCUCUCUCUCUCGUUAAAUCUUGAAAGGUUUCAGUUCUCUAUUUCUAGCACAUGUACUUGUUUCUUAUGAACUCGACCGAUGUUUGGGUUCAUAAUUGGGCGAAGGAUCGAUGUACGUAACUACCUAUAUGAAAGGAGAAACUAGGAGAAAUAUAUCUCCUUGUGAAAAUUGUACUUCUCCCUGAUGUAAAUUAUAUUUAUGCAUAAUUAUUUCGUGAACUUGUAAUGUUGGCUUUCUCUUUAUUAAUUGAGUAGGAUCCAGGCAAAUAGCAAGUUCAAUUACUGAUCGAA